UUAUCUUUCACCACUAGUGAACACAAGUCGCCGGCGAUAUCCAUCACCACUCCGAGCAGUGAUCUCUCUCUCUCUCUCUCUCUCUCUCUCUCUACAUGUACACAUAUGUAUAUCAUCCAUGCACAUAAUCAAGCAGGGGGAGCAAUAGUAAAGGGGAAGAAGGAGAACUCAAGCUGAUAUAACUGGAAAUUAAAGAAGAUGGAGGCUAAUGGAUCGAGCAAGUGGCGUUUCCAGGCCAACCAAGAUCUGAUCGAAGCGUCUUCCCGAUCCGUACGAAAAAUUGUCGUCACUCUGAUGGAAAGUCUCGGCAAAGAAGAUACAAGGCCGGCCAUCCCUCUCGGCCACGGCGACCCUUCCGUGUUCCCCUACUUCCGAACCACCGUUGUGGCGGAAGACGCCGUCGUCGACGCUAUUAGGUCUGGGAAUUACAAUAGCUAUUGCACAGACCUCCAAGGUGUUCUUCCGGCGAGAAGGGCAGUAGCAGAAGACCUCUCACAAGAUCUGCCAUACAAGCUAUCACCAGAGGACGUGUUUCUUACGUCUGGAUGCAAGCAAGCUAUUGAACACAUUACAGCCGUGCUAGCUUGCCCUAAUGCCAACAUUUUGCUUCCAAGACCUGGCUUCCCGGACUAUGAAGCUCAUGCUAUGUUUUAUCAUUUGGAGUUUCGCCUAUUUGAUCUUUUACCAGACAAGGGUUGGGAGGUUGAUCUUGAAGCUGUUGAAGCUCUUGCAGAUGACAAUACCGUGGCUAUGGUCAUCAUAAACCCUGGCAAUCCUUGCGGAAAUGUUUACACUUACCAGCAUUUGAUGAAGGUGGCAGAGACCGCGAGAAAGCUUGGGAUCAUGGUAAUUUCUGAUGAAGCUUAUGCUCGCCUCAACUUUGGGGCAAAUCCUUUUGUUCCAAUGGGAACUUUUGCAUCAGUUGCUCCUGUCAUCACACUUGGAUCUAUAUCCAAGAGAUGGCUCGUUCCUGGUUGGAGACUCGGCUGGCUUGUUAAAAAUGAUCCUCAUGGCAUCCUAGCAAAAUCUGGGGUGGUCGAAAGUUUAAAAUCUUAUCGAGUCAUGACAUCUGAUGCUGCCACUUUUCUUCAGGGAGCAUUUCCUGAAAUGAUUGAAAAGACAAAGGAGGAAUUCUUUUGUAAGAUUCUCAAGAAUCUUAGAGUCAAUGUUGACAUAUGCUAUGACAAAAUCAAAGGGAUACCUUACUUGAUCUGCCCAUACAAGCCCGAAGGAUCAAUGUUUAUGCUUGUAAAACUAAACCUAGCACUCUUGGAUGGAAUCCGUGAUGAUAUGGACUUUUGUGAGAAGCUGGCCAGAGAGGAAUCUGUCAUCGUUUUACCAGGCGUGGCCGUGGGAUUAAAGAACUGGUUACGGAUAACUUUUGCUAUUGAGCCUUCAGCACUUGAGGAAGGCCUUGAGAGGAUUAUAGUCUUCUGCCACAGGCAUUCCAAGAGGUGAUUUGGAACCCAUUCAAUUGCAGCUUCAAUGUGCGUGUGUGUGAAAGAACUUAAUAUAUAAAAGCCCUUCCCUAUGAUGUGGGAUGUAAAAUAUGAUUAUCAUAAAAAAGGGCGUUGGUGUGAUGUGUGAACAGUGAACACCAUUGCGUUGGAUCACAGAUUAUCAUUUUAUAUAUUUGCUCGAGUUGUAAGGUU